AUGAUACUGCCGCGCAGCGUGGAGCUGGCGCGUCGCUACCAAGGCCAUGACUUCGACCACGCUGGCUUGAGCAGGAUCACCCAGCGCAUCGCCUACCUCGCCGCGUCGUGGCGGAUUCCGGCCAGCACCGGCAUGGGCGGCGCCUGCGCUCUCUCUCGCUGCAACGCGGUCUCCCUGACGGCGUGCGACGUGCCGCCCGCGCAAAAGUCCUUCGGCCCGAACGUCCAGCAUGCUGUAGCGCACAGGGACGGUCCGCUCCUCGAGGUCGCCGCGGAGAGCUUCGACCUCCCCGUGUGGUUCGUCGCGCGCCUCGCGUGGUUCGGCGCGUUAUACUACUGUCCAGUACACCCAGCACCCCCCCCCGCGCACCUCGAACGCGGCGCACCGCCGGAGCUCGCUGCCGCGGCGGCGAGGGCCGUGGAGCUGCGCGAAGAGGGCAUGCGCGUCGUCGGGCGCAGCACGGCGCACCAAAAGCCUCGGCGGGUGCUCCUGGCGGGCGCCGCGCACCAUGCAGGUCCGCCCCCGGACGAGGGGGGCGGCGCCGUGCAGACGGAGCCGGCAGAGGCGCGGCGAGGCGGGUACCUGCGCGCCAGCUGCCACCCGCGGAGGUACCCGGCGGCGUAUGAGAUUCCCCCGGGGGGGUGGGCGCAGCGCAUUGUGGCGCGCGGUGAGGGGUGGGUCGCCGCGGACAAGCCCGCGGGGGUGUCCGUGGUUCCGACGGGCGACAACACGAAGGAGUCGCUGCUCUACCUCGUCGGACGGGACCUAGGCUUGCACAGCAGCGACGCGCAAGGCGAGGGGGGUCUGCUGCCGACGCAUCGCAUCGACCUGUGCACGGAGGGCGUGGUGGUGCUAGCGACGACGCGGGCGUUCGCGUCGGCGUUCAACGCGGUGCUGUCCGGCCGGGACGCGUCGGGAGCCCUCACAAAAGUGUACCGCGCGCUCUCGUGGUCGCCUCCGCCCCUGGGACGCGCCGCGCACUGGUGCCGCACGAACGUGCGCGUGCCGGGGCUGCCCGAACACACGGAGGUGUACGACGCGGAGGCGGACGGGGCGGUGCCGUGCUCGCUGGUCGUGCGGGGCACUCGGGAGGUCGACGCAUCGGCGGUGCCUGCGCACAUGAGGGGGGGGAGUUCGCGGGGGGUUGAGGGGUCGUCGGUGUGCUAUGAGUCGGAGAUCGUCCUCGAGACGGGCCGCACGCAUCAGAUCCGCGCGCAGAUGGCCCACAUGGGCUGCGCGCUGGUGGGGGACUGCCUGUACGAGGGUCUGACUGGGCCGCUGUCGGUCGCGGCGCUCGCGAGCGCGCAGCGCGAGCGGUUCGCGGAGGCUGCGGCGGCGGGCGUCCAGGACGACGUGCGGGUGCUGCGGGAGCCGGAGGGCGCUGUGGGGCUACAGGCGUGGCGGCUGGAGGCGACGGGCGUGGCGGCGAUGGGAGGGGACGUCGCGCUCGAGGCAGGCGCACCCUGGUGGAGAAGGAGCGGGCGGUUGAGGGACGGACCGCAGCCAGUACGAGAUAUGCGAUGCCUGUGA